UGAUUGGAGACAAUCAUUAAAUUAUUAUAAAGUUAUUUAAUUGAUAGCAAUCAUAGUAAUCACACAUUGAUGUGAUCAACGAAGAGACCACCGAUUGUCUCAAUAAUUGCAACAUUUUUUUUUGACAAAAUGUCGGAUAAAGACGACUCUUUACCCGAGACACGGGUCACAAGUGCUGACCAGUCAUUUAGUAGCGAACAACAGAUCAUAUGUUCUAUAAUUCCCGGACUCAGUAAUACCGCCCAUAAGGGACAGUGCGGUCGCAUCGGUGUUAUCGGCGGAUCCAUUGAAUACACAGGCGCUCCAUAUUUUGCGGCCAUUUCUGCACUUAAAGUGGGUGCCGACCUGUCGUAUGUGUUUUGUAGCCGAGAGUCUGCACCGGUAAUAAAGUCCUACUCACCCGAACUUAUAGUUUACCCAACGUUGGACUCGGACACCGCUGUCGAUGAAAUUGUUGUGCAACUGCCUAAACUACACGCAGUUGUAAUAGGACCGGGACUCGGACGCAAUGACCAGACACUGGCCAAUGUCGGUGCUAUUAUUGAUAAAGUGAAAGAAUUGAAUCUUCCGAUGAUAUUAGACGCCGACGCUCUGUAUUUUGUGUCCAAAUGUCCAGAAAUAGUGAGGGGAUAUACGAAAGCUAUUUUGACGCCAAAUGUGGCCGAAUUUGACCGCUUGUAUGCUUCGGUAUAUCGGUGUGAGUCAAACAAGAAUGACAAUCCAAAUGAAGCACUUAUACAUUUGGCAAAGACUUUGGGUAACAUUACAAUUGUCCGAAAAGGAUAUGAAGAUGUCAUCAGUGAUGGCAAUUCACUCGUCACAUGCAAUGAUAUGGGAAGUCCUCGUCGAUGUGGAGGACAGGGAGACUUAUUGGCCGGUUCUAUGGGUGUAUUCGCUUAUUGGAGUCACAAAGCAUUUGAAAAUAAUAGCUCUUCCAGUGAUUUAAAUCGUCAACAAUUGAGUCCAACAAUAAUAGCCGCUUUGGCCGCCUCUAUGCUGACCCGACGGUGCGCUCGCUUAGCUUUCGCUAAAUGGGGCAGAAGUACGACAACUACUGAUCUAAUCAAAGAAAUUAAAUCUUCUUUCACUUCAUUAUAUCCGAUCGACUAA